AUGCGUUCAAUACUUUAUUCAGCAAAAUUUGGUGCGGGAAAGCAUGUUCCUAGGGCUGUCUUCGUUGAUCUUGAGCCUACUGUUAUCGACGAAGUCCAUACAGCUUUUCAUCCGGAGCAGCUUAUCUCUGGUAAAGAGGAUGCAGGAAUGCAAGAAAAUCUAAUUGAAUUCCGAUUCUUGUUUCAGUGUACAUAUAUCUCUGCUAAAUUAGAUUUGAUCGUUCUUUUGCAGCAGAGUGGAGUUGAAAGCAGAGACGCCUGA